GCAUCCCGGAGCUACCGGCAGCAGCAUCAUUACUGAAAGGAAGACUUUUUUUCCCCCACUACAAAAACGGACUGACACGCAAAACACAUGGGAGAGGGAGGCUCGGUGGACAACGGAAAGCGGUGUUAUGUCCAGCUGACCUGUAGUAAGAGAAGGUGCUCCACUUGCAGCUCCACGUCCGCUUUGGUCCUCUAAGCACCUCCCAUUGCUCACCCCUCCACCCACCUUGAGCACUGCCUGGUGCUGCGGCUGCUGAGGGGCAUGCUGGAAUGACCCUGAAGAGCAAGAAGCACAGGGAGAUGUGUUCAGUAGGGCUGUCGCCAAGAAGGACAGGCUGAGACUUCAACCGUGUUCUGCUGGACAGCACGCCGCUGACCUGCGUGGUGCAUACAUGCCAAUGUAGGACGGCAUGGCUAUAUAGAGUGUGGACAGUAACCACACUGGACCAAAGGACCUUUACAGAGAAACACACAGAUUUCUUCAUCGCGGAAUAGUGUGGAACAACACCCUUUGAAGGGUUAUCCCUGUUGACAAAGAAACUUUCAAUCAAGACUUAAUCACUGUGAAUGAUUUUGAAAAAGAGUGUGGCCUUUGCUGUGCAAGCCUGUCCCAUGCUGCUCCCUCCUCUCAGGGGAUGGCCGAGGUCCAGGAUGGACACACAUACGCAUGUGACAGCUCUGCGAUGUUAGAGGAGAGCCAGGAUGGUAUGGACAGUGGUACCCUAAGUCCUGCCACAGCUAGACAAGUCACCAUCCAGCGGCACCCUACUCAAGGCUUCGGCUUCAUUGCAGGCAGCCAGAGGCCCGUCAUUGUACGCUCCGUCUCUGCUGACGGCCCUUCCUUUGGUAAGCUUCUCCCUGGAGAUCAGAUCUUGGCCAUUAACGAGGAGACGGUGAGCGACGCGCCCCGAGAGAGAGUCAUAGACCUUGUAAGACGCUGCAAAGACAUUAUUGUUCUCACUGUGCUGCAGCCUCAUCAGUCACCUAAAUCUGCCUUCAUAAGUGCAGCCAAAAAGGCGCGUCUGCGAACUAACCCGCCUAAAGUGCGCUUUUCAGAGCAAGUGUCCAUCAGUGAUCCAGACUCAACAAUGCUGAAGGACGACUCCUUGCUACUCAUACCUAAUGUGCUGAAGGUGUUUCUGGAGAAUGGACAAAUCAAGUCCUUUACCUUUGAUAGCCGUACAACUGUGAGGGAUGUGAUCUCCUCCCUGCAGGACCGCCUCUCACUGCGCUACAUUGAGCACUUUGCCUUGGUGCUGGAAGCAGGCGGUCUUGACCAGAGUCAAAAGUUACUUCUGCUGCAGGAGAACCAACCCCUGACGCACGUGGUGCACAGAACAUAUUUCCAAGGAAUGAAGUGUCUAUUUCGCAUUUGCUUCUUCCCUAAGGACCCAGCAGACCUGCUGAGACGGGACCCUGCAGCAUUUGAAUACCUCUACAUUCAGAAUCGCAAUGAUGUUAUCAAGGAACGCUUUGGCAUGGACUGGAAAUCUGACAUCACGUUAAGAUUGGCCGCUCUACAUAUCUACAUCACUGUGUCCUCAGCAAGGCCCAAUCAGAAAAUCUCUCUCAAGCACGUAGAAAAGGAAUGGGGUCUUGAGCCUUUUCUACCACUCACUCUGCUCCCAACCGUCAAAGAGAAGAAUGUUUGCAAGAUUCUGUCACAGUUGUUGAAGACCUAUCAGCAUCCGCCACCAUCAGGCAACAAGGUCCCACCUCUCCAAGGAAAGCUGCAAUACUUGCGUGUCCUCAAUGACCUCCCACCUUUUGGAGGAAUACUGUUCAACACGGUUGGACUGGAUGAAAAACAAUCAGCCACAACACUGCUGGUGGGUCCUCGACAUGGCAUCAGUCACGUGAUUGACCUGAAAAACAACCUGACAACAGUUCUGACUGAGUUCAGUAGGAUAUCAAAGAUCCAGCUCUAUCGAGAAAGCCAAGGAGUAGCGCGUGUAGAGGUGUCAAUCCACGAGGGCAAGCCCCUAGUGCUACUCAUGGAAUGGCCAGAUGCCAGUAACUUUGCAUGUCUCAUCUCUGGCUACUACAAACUGUUUGUAGACCCAAAAAGGAACAUCUACUUCCGGAUCUCCGGUCAGUCUCAUCUGACCAAGACAGAUUACAGAAGCUCCCACCAUUCACACCCACGUUCUGGGGCAACCGGCUUACCAAGUGGAGGGCGGAGAGGGGACGAGAGAGAAAGCUUGCACAGGGAGUCAGGGUCUUCAAGGGCCUUAGCAUCUGCAGAGUCUCAGCAUCUAGGUCUGUGCCAUUUCCACCUGCAAGAACAACAGUUUCAGGAGCUCCAAGCACACUCAGAAGCUGAACUUGACAUCAAUGAGAACUUUAUUUCCCAGGAGGCCCCUGAGAGGCCCCGGACGAAGUCAGACCCCACGCAGCAAAGUACAGAAGAUGUAGCUAUGGUGUCAGUGAGUUCACCAGUCGAGAACGCCGGAUUCAGAAUCCGAGCCCAAACAGUGGCUCAAACUCAGAAAACACAACGGUACUACUGUGACUCAUGCAAAGACAGGCAGAGGACAGAUGAUUUGCCAACAACAGCGAACAGCAGUCGAACCGUGGGAAAAACCUGCUCGAGUGGUUGCGCUUCCAGAAAUGGGGGUGGCGUUGAUCUCAUAGCUCUGCCACCCCCUGGGAAUGAAGAGGACGAUGAGGAGGAACCCCCCCAAGGAGGAGAAAAGCUGCAACCACCACAACCUGCGAUUGCUGCCCCACCACCUGGCUUCAGAGAUAACAGCUCUGAUGAGGAUGACUCAAAGAGAGGGAGAAAAACUACCAGUGCCAAGACAGAUACCACCACUGUGAAACAGCGUCAUAUUAAGGAGGAAGUGCCUGUAACACUUAUUGAUAAUGUGGCCACGAGAACAGUCCGAGAUCAUGCACAGGAACUUGAUGAUGCUUUGGUAUCCACCUUACAAGCUUUAGAGGCUUUGGCAGCUUCUGAGGACUACCCCCAUCACCACCAGCAGCCAACACAGACUGCAGGCCUUAUUGUCCUGGCAGCCAUUACACCGGAAUCGUCGUUGGAUUCGGGCCAUGAGACUAAUUCUUCUGAACUGACAGAUGUUUCUGAGAUGGUCUCAGCAAUGAAGCAAAACCAAAACCAAGCCUACCUGUUAGCACACCAUAUCAACAAGGACAGCCGCAUCUGCCGCCGUGAUUUUCCCUUGGCUAUCCCUGGCUGCACAGCAAAGACUAUAGGGACAGGGGCUUUUUCUGUGGGUCAGAUCCGCGCUGGAUGUCCACCAAAGCAAGUAAUCCUAAGUAAGACCAUUCCGUUUAAAGUCAGCCCCAGCCAAGACUCUGGGAUUGUCAGUGUUAUGACAGAGCAGAGAAGCAAUCAAGGUUCCAGUCCGAAUGAACAGACAAUGGAAGUGAAAGAAAGCGGUGCUUCUACUAAAGCAAACAUACCUGAUCCCCUAGCUAAAACCCCCGAAGAACUUGACGUGUCUGAUAUUCAUCCUUCAGCUUCAGUCCCUAAAGAGCCAAAGUUAUUCAGUGCUUCAGGGGAGACACAGAGGCUAAAUCUUCUCAAUGGUGUGAAGGAAAAGUCAAUACCACCUCUGAAUACAGACAAAGCCUUAUCUGUUCUCCUACCCAAGGACAGAACUGUCUCAGCCAAAAUUCCCCAAACUAAUAUGUGCCAAGAUGCCGAGACUGCCUCUAGAGAGACCAUGAAGCCUUCAAGCUCGACAGAAUUUCUACCAGUCGAUGAUCUGUUCUGCACAUGCCCAAUGCAAAAGGAACCUGGGACCCAGUUAAGAAUUCAAGAUCCGCAGGUUCAAAAGGUAGUGGUGUUUCAGACAUCAUCUCCUACAGAUGAUGAGCGUCUUCGAGCUAAAGGCCUCUUUAUAGCUAGCAGCAAAGAAAACACAGGAAGAAUAGGAAAAGACUGUAGUUCGGCAAAACCUAGUACAACAGUAGAAACCAAGUACUCCCCUCAUUUGCCUCUAACAAUGGACAAAAAAGAAGGGGCUGAGAGCAAGCUAGAUGCAGCCUUUGGCAAAUCUCAUUCUGAAUCACAGAUAUGUUCGACAAAAUCAUUACCCAACUUAGAAGAUAAAACACAAAACCCUUCUUUAGAGAGAGUACCUACUCUAGUAACUAACGAUUCAAAGAAAUUGGGCAGUGUAAAGGGGAAAUCCCAGCGCACUGCCCCUUUUAUGAGCAUUAGAAAUUUACUUUCAGCGACAUUCCCAGCAAGAAUGAGAAGGGAAACAGAUGAGCGAAGGGCUCAGCUGCAAAAAGUUCGCCAGUAUGAGCUGGAGUUCUUAGAGGAGCUGCUGAAACCCAAGUCCUCACAAGGAGAAUUUUUGCCUCAAGGAUCCUCACCUGUACCUUCUGGGACUCCUUGUGCCUGCCAACUACGCACCAGCCCUGUCCUAAAAGCACCAGGUAUCUCCAGGGAACAGCGACGUAGUUGUGACUGUAAGAGAAUGUGUAGGGGUGUGAGACUACCUGAUACACCAGUUGGCUCUGCGACAGAAACACAAAAUAGAGGCAGGGAGAGAACUACCACAAAAACCCCUCCAACAGUCUCUAAAGCCUCUAACAGUGAAGGUCCUACAAGACAAAGUCAGAAUUUAGAAGUGAAGACUGCACGAAUACGUUCCAUCAGCCUUGAGUCGAGGGAGCCAAGGGGAGAGCAGGGCACCUCCUUGCCUACCUGUACCUCACAAACAAACUAUGUGGAAACACCACAAAAUAAGAAACUCCAAAGGCGAUACAGCAUUGGAGAGCUGGAUAACAAUACUAAUACACCUGUUUAUGCAGAGGUAAAGCCCAAAACCAAGAGUCUAGAGAAAGAAAUGGAGCGAGUUCGAGCUACGGGAUUAAGGUUGCCAACCCCGGUGGAGCCAGUUCAUACACAGUCUCUUCAGGCAGAAGGAAAGGGGAAAAAAGGUGUAUUUUAUAUACAGAGCAAUGAGUUACUGAGUGAAAGCAAAGAAGAGAGUGGGGAGGUUCUGCUGACGUUGCCUAGUGAAGACAGUGAAGAUAAGGAUAGGUGUUGUUCUUUCUGUUUCUGCUACCGGAAGUGUGAGGCAGCAGAUGAGAGCAGUGAGAAGGACGAACUAUCAUACUCAAUUCCCCUUCAGGUUCUUCCAGGCAUGGAGCUGGACUCAAGCACAUUUCCUGUUGUCAGCAAAACCCUGCAAGUUCUUAAUGCAGAAGAGUGCAGUGGAGAGGAAGAAACAGAGAAAGAGCCACAGGCACAAGAGAUUGACCUAAGAGCUUGCGGCACACUGGAGGGCAGCCUGGCACGGGUCGAGGCUCUACAGGGGAAAUCAUUCAGCUUGCCUGAUGGCUUCCUAAACGCCCAGUUGGAUGCUAACGAGUUACUCGCCAUCCUGCGUCAGUGUGCUAACAGCCCGCAAGCCGAGGGUGAGGCUCGUCUUCAGGCCUCACGGAUUGCAGAGUACAAGCAGGAGCUGGCAGUGCGCUUCAAAGAAUUCCGAGCAUCCUGUCGGCGAGUGGCCAGCGUGGAAAAAAGCCCUACUUGUAUGCUUGCUGUUGUCACAGCCAGCUUUCAAGUGCUGUGCGAUUUAACUCAGACCUUCAUCAAACUGGUCAGAGGGGUUCGCACAGAGACUCAAAGACAACAGCUAUUAAGAAAAGUUGAGGAAGUAGCUAUAAACUACACAUUGCUCCUUCGCGCAGCAGAGGAAUCGAUGGGACAUUCAAGCAGCCUCCCGACAAAAACAGUUAGCCCUCAAGUGUCCUCCGACACCAAUAACAUGAGCUCACUCACUCGACCCAUCAAAGUCCUUCCUGCCAAGUAAACAUAACUAUGGUGGGACUAUGAUCAAAUCCAAUACAAACGCAUUAUGUAUUCAUUCAUUGUUUACAUUUUUACUGAAUGUGCAAAUGGAUACUCAGCAACAAGGAUUGCAAUGCAGCUGUUCCAUCACAUGUUUACAGGCCCCAAGGUAGCCUUGUGGAUAGCUCUCUGAAAUGUAAAGAUACACCAAACUAAUGCACAAAUGAACAGAAUAGUGAAACAGGGCUAAUCACGUCAUCAGUACAGUGUCGGAACAAAUUGGUCAAUAUAGUACAAUAUUUUAUAUGUAGUGUACAUUUGAGUUGUGUCUACUUAGAAAGUAAUAUAACAUUUUGUGGUAAAAAAGAUGAUGGAUAUAUUUAAAAAGUAAUAAUUGAACAGAACUUUAAAUAUGAUUAAAAAUAUAUAUGCUCGGGAAGAAAAUAUUUGAGAUUUUGUCAAGUAGCGACAGCUGUAGAGUGUAUAGUUUUAAGCAAUGGUUGAUUAAAUGGUACUAUAUCGGCGCGUGGAGAUAUAAAUGUUGUAAUGACAAUUUCACCUUUCUGUUGGCUAUGACGGACAUAUUUUAAGACAUGUGACAGUGCUGGAUAUUGAAAAACACCCAGAGCCAAGCGCAACAUAUUACACUUAGUCAUGCCAAUCCGGUUGGUAUUCUCACAUCUUUAAUGGGUUUAUUAUGUAGCAGAGACCCAAGUAACACAUUUCUCCUCUGUAAAAUAACAUCCUACUGAGAAGGGGUACCCUCGCUAUACUGUACUUCUUCCACAUGUAUUUUAAACCAUUCUGCUUCAUAUACAACAUGCAACUCACUACUCACUCACAUAAUAGGCCAGUUCAAUGUAAAUGGCUGUUCAGGCUCAAAUAAAACAAUAUCUUUAGCAAUUGUGCAUACUGUAAAAUAUGAUAGUUUAAACAUGCCCAUUCACAAGCAAGGGAAUAAGAUCAAAAUUAGAACUUUGCACAGCUUCUGAAUUUAGAACUCAAGUUCAACUAUUGUGUAACUCAGUGUUUUGUUCUGUUUUUUUUAACCCCCUCUUUUGAAAUUUUGAGUAUACACAAGUUUUACAUUAACCUAGCGCUUUCAUAGAAUCCCGUCACAUUAGGUUGUCAGGCAACGUAUAAUCUUGCUUUCUGUGUGCUGUUGUACAUUGUGCAUUCUAGGAAGUAUAUAAGAAACACACAAAGUAGUUUUAUAUGUAUUUUAAUAAAACUAACACAUGCGCCCAGUGUCUGAAAUCUUCUUUGUGUCUCACCUACGUAAUCACAAAUUAAUCAGCGAGCUUUAAAAAGUUGUGCUGACCUAUCCGCUCACUGGACAGUGUUAUAAUCUGUACAAAAAAAAUGUGACAGCCAAAUUGAAGUCAUUAAUGAAUUUUAAUUAGACACAUAAACUACACUGGUAAAAUGACAGUGAUCAGCAAAUUGCUAUAAACUUAACAUUCAACAAAUAUCCAUAUAUCUAAAUCACAUUAACUGUAUCCUGAUUAAUAACUACACACAUACAGUUCUAAGAAUUUGAAUGACUGUGUUUCCAUUAAAUGUGUCAUUUUUCAUUCACACAUACUGUGGUUAUAUUUCAUUGCUCUUCACUAGUUCUCUUCCUUUCGGGAACAGUUUUUUAUUGGAGGUUUUUUAAUUCUACCGUGAAAAAUAAACUGUGGUCAUAUGGGAAAAUUUAGAUUCUAUGGCAACAUGUACUGCUUUCUAACUGUAAAUAUUAGAAGAUAGCGAUAAAUGCUUUUCAAAUAUAAGAUUUAGCUUUUGAUUUUGUACAAAAGAAAUAUUAGUGUUGCAACUAAAGCAAAAUAGAGACAUUUUAAAGACUAUAGUCAAUUAUAAGCAUGAAACUUCAAAGUAUUUAUUUUUAUAAGUGCAUAACAUAUCAGACAAUGAUCUUGGCACUAUGAUAAACAUCAUUUUUGUUCUAUGUCUGCGUCAUUAUCUCAAAAAGGCCUCCAUGGUGGAAAUCAUUGCUCUGUUGUUGUUGGUUUUAUGUGCACCAAUUCAUUCCUGUCUUAUUUUACGAUCAGUGAUGGUCACUGUGGUCUGUCUGUGUUACAUCAUGUUAUGUUUUAAGAGAAAUAAAGAGUAUCCAAUAAACUUCAGAUACUUGGAAAUCACAUUUCAUGGCAACUAUGUCUCACAGUUCAAACACAAAUCUGUAGACCGACUUUUUAGGUUAAAUAAAUCAUUUAUAAAUUCAUUAUCUGUAACGUUUAUCCUCACAGCAGUUCCGGGGGUGCUGGAGCCUAUCCAAGCAAGUUGCUAGCCAAACAAAUGGAAUAAGAUCAAUAAUUUUAAAAUAUUUCUACACUUUGAAUGUAGAUAAUGUGUUAAAACUUGUGUUGCACCAAUACAAAUACAGCACUAUACAAAGAAAUAACAUGCUCAUGCUGUGCAAUAUGUACUUUUCGAGAUCAAUUUCCAAUCGCUGGUUGCCCAAACCAAGAUGGCCGCCAGCUACGUAAGCCGCCAUAAAAUAAAAUAAAAAUUUUUAAAGAGCGCUUUUUGCCCCAAGACAGAUUUCGAAUCGAGUUGCUUCCAAUGAUCCUGUUGUGAAUUUAAAUGAGUUUAUCACUAGUAGACGUUACAUUCAUUUGAAAUGACUUAAAAUGGAUUGGACGUCCAGCGCCAUCAAGGGCAGACAAUGAGUCAAGCAGUGAUUGACCGAACCAUGAUAGCAAUUACAAUGAUCCCUCGCUAUUUUG